AUGAGUACCUCGUUCGAUUUCGCCGUUCAGGUCGAUCCGACGGGCGUGGUGGCCUCACAUAUGGACGAGCAGCCUGAUCUCCCAACGCCGGCCUCUCCCGCCAGCACCUCGAACACUUCGUCACGCUCCAAGCCCGUACUGUCGCACCUAACGAUACCCCCAAGUUCCCAGCAUCACAUCGGCUCAAAGCCGCCGCCUAGGGACAAGGGAUGGGCAGCUUACCGGGUACUGAUUGCCGCUACGAUAGUGUCGUCCUUCCCUUGUGGGAUCUACCUAUGCUUCGGUGUCUUCCACGCCUUCUACCAAAAUAGUGCAGAUUUUGACAAUAGCAACAACUCAGCCUGGAUUGGCGGCCUCUCAUCUGGCGUGCCCUUUCUUGCGGCUCCACUCAUAGUCUAUCUCUGCACACACACGCGCACCUCACGGAUUCACUAUGUUUGGGUCGGGUGGCUGUUGGGAGUCCUGGCUCUCGUGGGCGCUGCAUUCUCACCCUCAAUACCGGCGUUGAUCAUUACUCAGGGUCUACUCUACGGUGUUGGUAUCCUGCUUGCUGACAACCCUCUGCUGCUGAUCGUCAACACGUGGUUCCUGUCUCAUCGUGGAAUGGCUUAUGGCAUCAUCUUUGCUCUCUGUGAUCUGUGUGGAGUGGCAUGGUCAUUCAUGGCCGAGCAUCUCCUGUACCGCUACGGCCUGCGGACGACGUUUCUCAUCUUUGCCGCCAUCACAUUCUUCGUACCUGGUCCCUGCAUUCUGGUAUUACGGGAGCGAGGCUCAACCACGAUCCUGCGCAGGUCUUCGCUCUCCGUGACCACCCCGAACCCCACCCCGGCCUCUCGCAGUGGCCGCGAGCCUUGCGACGACACCCUCGUCUCGACCAUCGGCGGCAACUUCGACCUUAUCCGCCAGGACACACCUCCAACGACACGCCGAUUCUACAAGCGACCCAUCUUCUACAUCCUGGCAGUGUCGAACCUCUUCCAAUCCCUCGCCUUCUACCUCCCUCUGAUCUACCUCCCAACCUACACCGCCACCCUCAACCUCCCCUCCUCCACCGGCGCCCUCACCCUCGCCCUCAUCAACCUCGCCCAAAUCCUCGGCGAAGUCUCCUUCGGCCAGCUCUCCGACCACCUCAACAUCCACCUCCUCGCCAUCCUGUCCUCUACGCUCUCCGCUCUGAGUGUCUUGUUGCUCUGGGGCUACGCCCACUCGCCCGUGCAGCUGUACCUCUUCGCGCUGGCUUACGGGUUCGCGGCCGCGGGCUUCUGUGCGCUGUGGGCGCGCAUGGGCACGUUGUUUGGCGAGAGGGAUGCGCAGAUGGUUUUUGGGGUGAUGUGUGCGGGAAGGGGGGCGGGGAGUGUGGUUUGUGGGCCGGUCAGUGAGGCGCUGUUGAGGAGGGGUGGGAGCCGAAGGGGGAGGGGAUGGGCGAGUGCGGCGGGUGGGAAGUGGGCUGCAUUGGUGGGCUUUGUGGGCGGGUGUAUGGCCGUUAGUGCUGUGUUGGGAGGGGUGGGGUUCGUGGUGGAUUUGCCGGAGAGGGACGCUGAUGGGAGGCGUGGGAAGAGGGCUUGGACUAGAAGGCAGAGUGUGGUCAGGCGCGUGGAGGGAGGUGGUAUGGGGACGGAAGAGCGAGAAAAAGGCGGAGGUGUUGCGACCUAA